ACUCUUCUUCUACUUCUGACUGUCAGCUAUCACUUCAGAUCAGGGAUCAGGUCAAGAAAAAAAAUACUUAGCUAGCAUCAAUCUGUGAUCGGCAAUGGGCGCUGCCAAGGACCUUGUGAGGCUCUUGAUCCUCGUGGAGGUGGUCGUCGCCAUUGCGGGCCCCGGCGCCGCCGCGCUGAGCAUGAACUACUACGCCAUGAGCUGUCCGUUCGCCGAGUACAUCGUCCGGAACGUGGUGAGCGAGGCCGUGAUGGGCGACCCCACCCUCGCCGCCGGCCUCCUCCGUCUCCACUUCCAUGACUGCUUCGUCCAGGGAUGCGACGCCUCGGUUCUUCUGGACUCGACGGCGGGCAACACGGCGGAGAAGGACGCGCCGGCGAACAAGAGCCUGCGCGGGUUCGAGGUGAUCGACAAGAUCAAGCAGAUGCUGGAAGCGCAGUGCCCGGGCGUGGUGUCCUGCGCGGACGUGCUGGCCUUCGCUGCGCGCGACGCCGUGCUCUUCGCGGGAGGCCCCUACUACGGCGUGCCGACGGGGCGGCGAGACGGGUCCCGCUCGGUCUUCUCCGACACCUUCACGGCGCUCCCGGCGCCGUUCCUCAACGCCUCGUCGCUGAUCAGCCUCUUCGCUACCCACGGCUUCAACGUGCAGGACAUGGUGGCGCUCUCCGGCGGGCACACGCUGGGCGUGGCGCACUGCGCCGCGUUCAAGACCCGCCUCACGACGGAGACGGCGACGCUGGACUCCGGCCUGGGCUCGUCGCUGGCGGCCGCGUGCAAGAGCGGGGGGGACUCGGCCACGGCGACGUUCGACCGGACCAGCACGGCCUUCGACGGCGUCUACUUCAAGGAGCUGCAGCAGAGGAGGGGCCUCCUGAGCUCGGACCAGACGCUGUUCGAGUCGCCCGAGACGAAGCAGCUGGUGAACAUGUUCGCCAUGAACCCGGGGUACUUCUUCUUCGCGUUUCAGCAGGGGAUGCUCAAGAUGGGGCAGAUCGACCUCAAGGAGGGCGACCAUGGUGAGGUCAGGAAAUCAUGCAGGGUCGUCAACUCCGGCCGCUGGUAAAUUAAGUACUACGCGCACAAGCGUCGUCGUCAUAAGAAUCAAACUAGCUCGUCUGAAAUGAUAAGGUAGAACUAUCUAUUGUCGUGUGUGUAAACACUAUACUUUGUCGAGGUGUGAUGCUGGGUGAUUUGCCAAUAAAUGUGCAUGGCACAAGUACAGGAUAAAAUAAGGUGAAAUUAAGUGAAAUAUACACGAACAAUGUAUAAUGCAUAAUUUGAUGUACUUGUUCUAUAAAUGGAUUGUACUACAA